AUGGAUCAGGCAGUUGCUUACAUGGCUGGGGAGCUGCGAAAGGGAAGGGUAUUCCGUAAGGCUGACUGGGGAGGAGGGGACAUGCGGGUGGACCUUUAUGUUCAUGGUGGUGAGAAGAAGAAGAAGAGAAGGGUGAGUGAGAGUGCUGAUGGUGCGGAGUGUGACGGAGAAGGUCCUUCCGUGAGUCAGAGACAAGAUAGUCAAAAUUGCGACCGUGCUGGAAGUGCCGUAGCUUUGGAUGUAGCCCGCCUGACUACGGAGGUUGCAGUGCUUAAGAAGGAGAUUGUCUCUUUGAAGAAGACUGUGAAGUUGCUUGUUCGCCGAGUUGGACGCAGACGUGGCAGGAAGCGUGAUUCAGUGAAAAAAAAAAGACUGCAGCGUCUCAACAAGAAGCUGGAAUUGAUGACGUUGAUUUUGUUGACCGUGGCGGUGAUCAAGUUGGGGGUAGCGGAGAACACUCGGUCGACGGACAUGGGGUGGACGAGAUGCAUGAAGUGGAGGAAACUGGGGUUCCCCAAAGCGUGGCUGUUGAUAGUUUUUCGUCGGACGAGGCACCACGUUUAUAGUCAGGUAGGUAUGGGUCGUGGUGGUCAUUGUGGCGUGUUAGCAAACGUUAACCCACUGAGUUACAUUGAUGGGCAGGGUGAUAGCUUUGAAGGCGAUGUACCGGUGGUGGUAGUCCCGGGAACGAGGAUGGCUAGGGAUACUACGACUCGUCAUGAGAGGAGCAUCGUAGGAGUGUCGAGAGCUGCGGGGGAGGAUGAGAGGGAUUAUGCACCUCCGGGAGACCAUAGGAACGAUGGUGAUACUAUGAGACUGAAGGAUUUAAGCUUUGGGGUUGUGACGAGGGAACCGGAAAGUAGCUUGUGCGCCUCCGACGAAAGGGAAAAACAUCCGGUUCAGACCGAGGAUGGUGUGAUACCGAAGGAGACAAGCGUUUUAGGAGUGUCGGAUGUUGGUGGAGAGGAAGAGAGGGAUGCUGAACCUACGGGGGAUAAUAUCGAGGCUGGUGUGGGUAGAAUUGAAUCGGUUACAGUGGCGUCAGCGGAUGAGGUGUCUCAGGUUGUUUUGUCGAGCGAGGGAGUCAGUGAUGAGGCGACUGUCAAUGUUGGGUCGAGUGUGGGGAUCUCGCCACGCAGACCGGCUGAGAGAGAAUCCAACUUGGCGGUGUUGUUUCUGACAAAAUAUCCUUACGUAGUGCCCGAUAUUGUUCCUUUGGUUGAGGACUGUGAUUACCGGACUUUCAUAGAUGUUUUGGAGUCGAGUCAGGAAGCGACGCAUGCGAAGGCAGGGGGCAAACAUGAUCUUAACAAUAAGUUCUUCAUUGAACUAGCAACCUCACAGGAGAUGUUGUCUGCGACGUACCUCCCGGAAUGUUAG